GUCGGAAAUUUUCUACGAAGAGCAACUGGUGUCGGAGCGAAGCGAAUUCUUUUAAAAUAUCAAUAAAAUAAAGUGUGUAAAGGAAAAAAUAUGUCGAAGAUCACAACAAAUCGGUCGCAAUACGAAAAAAUGGUAGAAUGCAUGACCGAAAGGCCGGACAUUGCUCGCGGCCUUCCUAAAGAGGAUGUAGUGGAGUUUUGGGAAAGCGUCGCUCAGCAGCUAAACAGCUUAGGCCCACCGACAAAAGAUGUAUCCAGCUGGAAAAAGGUAUGGCUCGAUUAUAAGUGCUACAUUAAAAGAAAGCUUUCCGCCAAUAAAGCAGAGACGAGGGCAACUGGUGGUGGACCCAACAGAAUGCACAAGUUCAAUGAGUUGGAGGAAAAAGUGAUAGAGUUGACGGGCUUGCACACUUCCACAUCGGGGAUCAAUGGAGCUGUCUCUUUUGGUGUGGUAACAACACAGACGGUGACCCAACCGGUGGUGGAACCUGCGGCAGUCAUUCCUAUGCCAACUGAGCCAGACAAUGCCAAUGUGCAGAGGCGUUCCCCUCCGGUAAAAAAAACGACACGGCCACUUUGGUACAGGAGCAAAUAAAUUUGCAACGAAGCUACUACCAAAAAAGUUUGGCCUUUUUGGAACGCCAGGCUGAGUCUGCAAACGAUCUGGCAGAUAACGUGCGACGCAUGUACCAAGUACAAGAAAACAUGCAUGACAUGAAGAAGGAAAAAUUGCGUGAAUUAAAGAGGCACAAUAUUGAAAUGGAGGCCCUUAAAAGAAGGGAGCUUGAUUUGCAGGAAAAAUUACUGCGGAUACAAGAAAGAAGCCAGCAAAAAUGAACUAAUGGAUACAUUUUUUUUUAAGAUUUCUUUAUUUUUGAAUUUCAUUUAAUUUUGCACUGAACUGCUGAUUUUUUAAUUUUUUUUAUUUAAAGAUUAUUGGAUUUAAGACUAUUAGAUUUAAGAAUAUAACUGAACUAAAGAAGUGAACUAACGUUUGUGAUAUCUGUAUAUAUGUAUAAACUAUUAGAUUUAAGAAAAGAACUGAACUAACGCUUGUGAUAUAUGUAUAA